CUCGGCCACGCCCCCCUCAGCCGCCGUGGAACCUCAGUCAGUUUAGCGCGCGUUCCAGUGAAAUUUCAAGUGUGAAGUGUGAGUGCGCGCGCGGUGUGUUUACCGCUGUCGGCACCGAGGGUGCGAGUGAUCUCCCCCCGGACGAACGGGGAAUAUUACACGGUAACAGCGGGAGGGAGAGUCCGAGCAGAUAUGGUGAUAAAUCUUCCCCCCUCAGUUGGAUGAUGAAAGAUCUAAGUGUGUUGUUUGAAGAAAAGCAGUUUAAGCUUUGAUCAUGACGACCCAAAGUGGAUCUUUAACUGAAGUUAAGGAAGAGCCAGAGCAAAUCGAAGAAGAUCAUUUUGAAGCUUCGGAUUCUCAAGAACCUGUCAACUUAAAUCAAGAACAACGGAAUGAUGUCAAAGGAGUUGAAAAGCCAGAUUCCAUGGAGCAACUUCUGAAAGAACAGGAAAUAAAUUCUCCGACUUCACAUGCAAGUGCCCAAGCUAGCCCUUCUAGCAGUGACAAAAAGGAGCAGACAGUCGGUAAAGGGCUGUCACGAUUUUUACCUGGAUGGCUUAAAAAGCAAAAGUCACUAUCCCCCGUAGAAACAACAGAAGACAAGGAAGCUGAGAAGGACAUUCCUCAAGCUGAGGACAUACAUCCAGUUGAGGAAGUACAGCCAGAGCCGAUAUGUACUUCAUCAGAGCAGGAAGUAAAGAAAGAGGAGAAGGUGGAAGAAGAGGCUAGGAAAGAUGAAAUAGGGGAGCAACUUUCAAUGAAUUCUGCAGAGUUAGAGCCAGUUAAAGAGGAGACGAUUGUAGAAUCGUUGGAAAAAGAUGCAAGUGUGAAUAAUGCAGAUGUGAUAACAGAAAAGAAAAAGGAGGAAAGUGACAAAGGUGAAGAACUUCAGAAAGAUGAAGAUACAAGCAAAAGGUCCCCUCUGAAAAUUCCCAAAAAAGUCAAGAUUGUGCAAUGCAAAGUCUUAAUGUUGGAUGGUUCAGAAUCCAGCUAUGAAAUUGAGAAACGUGCCAAAGGCCAAGUACUGUUUGACAAGGUGUGUGAGCAGAUCAACCUGUUGGAACGGGAUUAUUUUGGGCUCACGUUUCAGGAUGCUGCAGAUGAAAAGAAUUGGCUGGACCCAGCAAAAGACAUAAAGAAGCAAAUUCGAAAUUGUCCUUGGCAGUUUUCUUUUAAUGUGAAAUUCUAUCCUCCCGAUCCUUCGCAAUUGACUGAAGACAUCACAAGAUAUUACUUAUGCCUUCAACUUCGUCAAGAUAUCAUAAGUGGUCGUUUGCCAUGUUCUUUUGUCACUCAUGCUCUUCUGGGUUCUUGCACAUUGCAAGCAGAACUUGGGGACUAUGAUGCAGAUGAACAUAAAACCGGCUAUGUCUCAGAAUUACAGUUUGCGCCAUGCCAGACAAAAGAAUUGGAAGAGAAAAUCUGUGAACUGCAUAAAACUCACAGGGGUUUAACUCCAGCCCAGGCUGAUGCUCAAUUUCUGGAAAAUGCCAAGAUGCUUUCCAUGUAUGGAGUUGACUUGCAUCAUGCUAAGGAUUCGGAAGGCGUGGAUAUUAUGUUGGGCAUAUGUGCAAAUGGCCUGCUGAUCUACAAGGAUCGCCUCCGAAUUAACCGUUUUGCUUGGCCAAAAAUUCUUAAAAUUUCCUAUAAACGAAGCAAUUUUUAUAUUAAAAUUCGACCUGGAGAGACAGAGCAGUUUGAAAGCACUAUUGGUUUCAAGUUGCCUAAUCACCGAGCAGCAAAGCGAUUGUGGAAGGUUUGUGUGGAGCAUCAUGCUUUCUUUAGGCUGCUAUCCCCUGAACAAACUCCAAAAAGCAAGUUCUUGACUUUAGGUUCAAAGUUCCGUUAUAGUGGCCGCACACAGGCUCAAACACGGGAGGCCAGUACUCUCAUAGACAGGCCCGCACCGUAUUUUGAGCGUACUUCGAGUAAGCGACUUUCCAGAAGUCUUGAUGGAGCCCCAAUAGAUGGCAUUAAUGAGGUGGGCCUGCUGCAAGAUUCCUCUUCUCUAAAUGUUCCUCAGAGUUCAACAGCAGAAGUGACUGCCACUAAAGUUGGUGAAAUUAAAGUAGAAGCAACUGAUGAAAAGAAAGAAACAAAAGGCAAAACCACACCUUCAAGAGAAUCACAACUAGAAAUGCCUAUGGAAAUGAAGUUCCAUAACACACAUGCCCCAUCUCUUAUCUCUUUUAGCAAUUCCUCCUGUUUAAAUCUCUUUCCCAUCCCUGAGACAGAUGUUCUCUCUGAUAUUUCAGAGGGUGGUGAUUUUUCAAUUGAUGAAUUAGACAAAGAAUGUAUGGUUGAAUCCAUUUCUUUCAAUCAUAGUCUAAAUGUAACAACUCCAGAGCAUGAAGCAGCAUUAUUAACUAAGCCUCAUCAACCUGAUUCUGUAUUGACCACACCUGUUCAAUGUAAUAAUCUUGUACAACAGGAUUUGAAGGAAAUAGAAGUUAAUGCUAAUCCUGUAAGAAAGACAUUGACUUUUGCAUUUUUAAAUCUUUACAAGUUUUUUCCUUGUAAAUUACCUUCAUUGCUUGAUGAGGAUGGAUAUAUAAGCUUUCCCAGCCUUCCUGAUGACUGCUCAGCUUUGAUUCCACCAAGCUUUCAAAAGUACAUUCCUAUUACUUCGCCAUCACUUAUUCCUUCAAUCAUCGUUAUCUUUGCGCUGCUUUUGUCUGCAUCCCAGUCUGUCCCAUUUUCACUCACCCUUUCCCUUCCUCUUGCUCUGUCACUCUGCUACCUGGAGCCUAAGGCGACUACAUUAUAUGCCUCUUAUGACAAUGACCUGAAUGAGAAAGCAGAGGAAGAGGAGUCGGAGCAAGAAGAAGAAAGAAUGCAGCAUCAAAAGGACCUUGAUAAGACGCAGGAGGAUCUAUUGAAACAUCAAGCUAGCAUUAGCGAACUAAAACGCAGUUUCAUGGAAUCCACACCUGAACCGCGUCCAAAUGAAUGGGAAAAUCGACUAACCAAACCCUUAUCACUGCAAACAGAAGGGAGCUUAGAAGAGGAGAUAACAUCGCUUUUACUUAGUAAAGAGAGCUUCUCACCAGGCUUGAUGACUUCCUUCUCGUCUGCUAUUUCUCAGGCAUCAGAGGGUGCUGGGUUGAAAGAAAAAGCUGCUGCUGAAUCUGUUUCUCUCAUAUGCUCCAAGCAGUUGUCUGAGAGCUCAGAUGAGAAACAGAAAUCCGAGACGGAGGAGCAGGCAGAGGUUGUAGUGGAAGAAACAAUAGUGAUUGAAGAGGUAAAGAGAGCACCUGGCCAUUCAAAAAUAAAACUUGAAAAAGCUGUUGAAAGUAGCACAGUUGUGCCCACCUGUAAGGUGCCGUCAAAAGAGGGUCAUGCCUCAUCCUCCGAUAGUCAUAGUGAGAGUGAGGAAGAGGCAGAAUACCACCCACAGACCAAGGAAGGAGAAAAUGUAAAGAGAGAAAAAAAUGAAUUUAAGACAUUAACAACAGUAGGGAUGGAAUCCAAGGUUUCGGUCACAGAAUUUGACAAAGUACGUUUUCCUAUGGUACAUAAAAUGCAGGAUGUCCCGGAAGAAAGUUUGCAAAAUGGAGAACUUCAGGAAGCAAAGCAACAGCAAGAAGACACAAGACCCAAGCUAAAUGGAGAUGUUUCGUAUGUUGAUAGUGAUGUUGUGCCAGAAGUUAUAUGUUGCUCAGAGCCUCCUGUGGUAAAGACAGAAAUGGUGACAAUCGCUGAUACAGCGAGUCCUGACAAGACUGAAAUUGCAACUAAAGAAGUUCCAAUUGUUCAGACAGAGACUAAAACCAUUACGUAUGAAGCUGCCCAGGGUGAUGGCAGUGGAGACAAUGAGCCUGGUGUCCUGAUGAGUGCUCAAACUAUAACUUCUGAAUCUAUUUGUACAACAAUGACCACCCAGAUUACCAAGACUGUGAAAGGUGGAGUCUCUGAAACAAGAAUUGAAAAGCGAAUUGUAAUCACAGGGGAUACAGACAUUGACCAUGAUCAGGCCUUGGCCCAGGCAAUAAAAGAAGCCAAAGAACAGCACCCAGACAUGUCUGUCACCAGGGUAGUGGUACAUAAAGAAACAGAGCUCACUGAGGAUGGGGAUGAAUGAGUUAAGAAAUGAAUAUUGCUUGAAAAUAAAUGACGAUCUUUACCAUCAGAGUGACCACUGCCAAGAAUAAUAAUGCAAAAUUUCCUCAGAGCAUUAGCAAAUAACAUCCUAUGUAAAAGUUGCACGUAGUGUGAAUAUUUGAAGAUGCCAGCAGCCUUCUAAAAAGCAGAAUUGGAGUUAGUUACUUAAAAUCAUUAGUUUGUAAUUUGAUCAUUUACUCUUUAGUAAUUUGAUGGCUUAUUAAUCUACCACUUCUGUAUACCCUUAGAAUUUAAUAACUGCAAGUAUAUAAUAGAAAAAUGGCUGAAAGUAGAUUUCUUUUUAGAAGAGUUUUGUACAGGAUGUCAUGACUAACUUAGAGUAAGUGGCUCACUUUCAAAAACCGAAUAAGUAUGUGUAAACCUGUUGUUGCAGAAACAUUUUUUAGCAUGAUCAAGUAGUUACCAAAUAUUGUGGAAAAGGGAAAUAUGGAAGGACUUUGUUCAAACUUUUCCAAUGUCACUUCAAACUCUUAACAUGUUCUGUUCAAAAGAAUUACGUCUGUUUAUAAAGAAUCUCCUAGCCUACCUAUUACUGAAAAAAAUUAAAGGGGACCUAAUGUUAAACAAGUAUCAUUCCAUUAAAAAAUAAAUCACUAUAUUGCAUUUACUAUAUAAUAUUUUUUUAAGUCAUCCAUGGAACUGGGAGAUCCAUAUUGGAAAAAGAUACUUUUCUAUUUACUUAUCAGCUCUAUAACAUAACUGGUUGGCAGCUUAAAGUUUAAUGCUUUUAAAUCAUUUUUUCUCAAUUGAAAAAAAAUCACUAUAUUAAAUGCAUUUCUAUAAAUUCCUUUACAUUGAUCUUGAUACGAAAACAUGAUCUUUAAAGUUAAUAGGCAAAUUGUAUUGCAUUUUGGAUGGCUUUGUCUAAUGUUUGAGGGAGGUUUUGAAAAAAUAAUCUGUUUGAUAUUUAAUCUUUCCUGUAGAUAUUAUUGCAGAACCUUUUCUUUAGCAUUUGUUUGAAAUCUUUACUUAAUCUUGAUGACUGUCAUGUGCUUUUGAUCAAUAUAUAGAGAUAAACAAGCAAAAUAAUAUUUUAGUAGCUUCAAAGUUGUGUUGAAUGAUAUUCUUGCUCUGUGUAACGCUGUUGAAAAUAAAUUUCAUUAAAAUAUAAUGUUCUGACUACUCUGUUUUCCUAUGCUCGAUUCUGUUGUUGAACUCCUUAAAUGGUACAAUGGCACUAAUGAUUUGAGGGAACCGAAGUUUUCAUGGCUCAUAAUGGACAAUCUUUUCAAUUGCUAUAUGUGCCUGUUUUGCUACAAAAAUAAAUUUAACAUGAGUCAUUUAUUUUAAAAAUUUCAAAUGUCGUUCUUUGCUCGAUUCCCAGUGCUACUGACAGCCCCUCUCUGCCUGACACGCUGUUCCACUUUCUCUUUUAAUGAACUACGGUGCAAUAAAUUUUGCAUAUCCUAAGCCUUGAUGCUGCAUGACACAGUGCAUCAUUUAAGGAAUAAGAGAGAACUGCAUUGUGGCUUUGAAGAUAUUGAAAAGUAAGAGGGACAAUAAAGUGCAAUACAAACAACAAAAGAAUUCAUUAAAUUAUGUGGACACCUCAUGGAGGAAAAUGUCACAAUCUUGGGAGAGAGUUGGAGAAAAAUCAAAGUAGUCAAAGAUCGCAAAACAUGAUACAAUUUUUGAAAAAGCAAAGGAAGUUACAUGAAGAGAUAUAUUGUUUGGGAAAACCAUUGAUUGCCUCCAUCAUAAUUGUGUUUUAAAAACUGUUGUCACAAAUUGAUCUGUCUGAUACACUGUAAUAAUGCCUAAU